AAAUAUCCUAAAGUUCUUCAUUUUUUAAUGAAAUAAUUUCCUGAAGAUGAUCUGAAGGUAAUCUUUCAAAUACUCCAGCUAGUCAGCGAUUCUAGUCAACAUAUCUGAGGAGCACCAAAGACUUUGAAAGAAACAGGAAACCAAAGAUUUUUCAAGAUGUAUUCUAUGGACAAUCUUGAACUGGAUAUGAUGAACCGUCAGUACAUGUACGAAGCUCACAGUUUCCUUGGGAAUCCUGCAAUCCCAGCAUUGCCGCCGCACUGCGGAGCACCUACCACCGCAACUCUUCCUUCGAUUCCGUCGCAACUGACUUCGCAUCCUGCUGGAAGCACAGGAAGCACCAGUGGCAGUGAAAUUUAUUUAUAUGACGAGAACAGUAGCGAUAACGAAAGUGCUUACAGUAGUGAUCAAGAAAAUCAUGCCAGAGAACGAAGUCAAAGUAACAGACGCAAUGGGACAUCAGGAAAGAGUCCAAGACAGGCGGUGCAGCAAAGGCAAGCCGCCAACAUGAGGGAGAGGAGGCGUAUGCAGAACAUAAACGACGCGUUCGAGGGCCUGAGAGCUCACAUACCUACUCUCCCUUAUGAAAAAAGACUCUCUAAAGUGGAUACGCUAAAACUGGCGAUCGGUUACAUAAAGUUCCUAAAUGAACUAGUUAGAGCGGACAAGGGUAACGAUCCUCUGACAGGAAACGGUAGUCUCUCGAGGUGUUCCGGCCGGGAUGACUCUAAGAAGGUCAUAGUUCGUGGCAGCGAGGGAAACCCAUUCAUUUUCCACUCCCUUUCUUGGUCCAGGAAGUCGGACAUAUCCCCGAACGGGACGAUGUACGCGAAGGUGUGGACACCGGAAGAUCCGAGAACAUCGAAGAACGACUCGACGUUUGAAUAAAGUGCUCAGGUCUUAAUUGUUGAGUCCAAUGAGCCUUGUGUUAUUUAGUAUUUAAGAACCAGUUUUUCUAGUCACCCUUUCAAUUUAGGUUGUUUAAGUCUUCGUUAAAAAAUUGCUUUGUAUUUAGUUAACAUCAGUAUUACCAUUGUUAACAUUAUUUAUCUUAUUUCAAGAGCUAGAAACAGUAUCAUAUUAUGUAGUCCUACAUCUGAAUCAGAUAAAGUUCCAGUAGGAAUCAAAAUUGUAGAUUCUUCUAGUUUCGUAGAAAUAAAUCUUUUGUUUAAACCAUGUGUUUUUAAGGAGGAUUCUUCGAUAACAGAAUGCACGUAAAAGCACGUUACAAUUGUACAUAUAAGCCGUGAAGAUAAUGUAAGUAGAUAUCGUUUGUACAUGAAAAGAAAUGGAAUGACUGUCAGGUUGUCAUUGAAGCCAAAUAAAUUAAGUUCUUCAAGUUUA